ACAAUCAGUAUGACCAGUUCUCAGAGCGACAGCAAUCCACGCCCCUCCCGACCACUCUGGCCAGCCCUUGGUAUUCUGGGCGGAUGAAGCGGCAGCCACACUGUUCAGAAUCCCAAUCAGAAAUUAGAAAUAAAUUAAGUAAUUUGUGCGGAAUAAAAGUGAGCGUGCGGCCGAUGCGAUAACCGCCCCGUCACCCCCACUCCGCCGCCACCGCGUCGUGAUGCAGGCAACCACCGCAGUGGACAGAAAACUAGGAAAACGCAGCUCCAAAGGCAGUAACAACAACAGCAGAAGCAGAGCCCCCCGAAAGUCGGUGUAGUGAAGGAAUCAAAUCUAAUUAUAACAAGAAAAGGGCAAGCCCAACCCCACGGCGGUUAAUUAGUGGCAAGAACUAACGAUUUCUGGUGGGCAGGCGAAGGGGAGAGCCACCACUAGCACCUCGGGCACCUGGCAUUCACAUGGGCUGAGUGGAGGAGGUGGAUUAGUGGCUGAGCAGCAGCAGCAGCAGCAGCGGAGUACCUGCGAUGGCCAACCAACUGGACGCCAGUGUGAAGGACGACCUGAAGACGCAGUUCGUCACCCGCGAGGGCACCUACCGCCUGCUGACCCUCUCCGAGUACUCGCGGCCCAACCGGGUGGGCUACAGUAGCAACCAGAGCUCGCCGCAGGUGCGCGUCUCCAUGGUGACCCUGCCCAGUCCGGCGCAGGGUGGGUUGGGCACCGAAACGGGGGCAGGAUCACCCACGGGAGCGGCCACCGCCACCACAACAAAUGGCAGCUCGCCAGGAGCCUCGCCGACGGGAGCAGCAUCUGGAUCUGGGCCAGCCGGAGCCAGCGCAACAGCAAUUACCAAUGGAGGAGCCGGCGGGGACAGCCACUUCAGCCACAGCAACCAGAGCCAGAACCACAACAACAAUAGCAGCAGCAGUAAUGCUGGAAACAGCACAGUGGAUGCCCGGCUGGGCGGAGGCAUCUCCAUGCACUCCAUGAUGAACGGCGGAGUGUUGGACCAGAAUGGAGUGGCCACUAGCCAAGUGCUGGGCGGCGACCGCAUCUGCUUCAACUUCGGCAGAGAUCUCUAUGUCUACUCCUUUCGAGGAGCCAAGAAGGGCACGGAGAUGAGCAAGCCGAUCGAUAAGAAGUUCUACAAGGGCACCAAUCCCAGCUGCCACGACUUCAACGCGAGCGCGGCCACGCCCACGGGUGCGCCCCUGCUGGUGGGCUUCACCACGGGCCAGAUCCAGCUGGUCUCGCCGCAGGUGGGUCCUCGCGAGGUGCGGAAGCUCUUCAACGAGGAGCGGCUGAUCGACAAGACCAAAGUGACCUGUUUGAAGUGGCUGCCCAACUCGCCGCACCUGUUCCUCGCCGCCCACGCCUCAGGUCACCUGUACCUGUACAACGAGGAGCUGCCCUGCGCCGCCACCGCGCCAAGCUACCAGCCCUUCAAGCUGGGCGACGGCUACACGAUACUCACCUGCAAGGCCAAGACCACAAGGAAUCCGCUCUACAAGUGGGUCUUCAGCACCGACAACUGCUGCGUGAACGAGUUCUGCUUCUCGCCGUGCGGCUCCCAGCUGGCGGUGGUCUCCCAGGACGGCUUCCUGCGCGUCUUUCACUACGACACCAUGGAGCUGCUGGGCAUCGCGCGCUCCUACUUCGGCGGCUUCCUGUGCGUCUGCUGGUCGCCCGACGGCAAGUACAUUGUGGUGGGCGGCGAGGACGACCUGGUGACCGUGUGGUCGCUGCACGAGCGAAGGGUGGUGGCCCGCGGUCAGGGCCACCGCUCCUGGGUGUCGGUGGUGGCCUUCGACCCCUACACCACCUCGUACACCAACUGGGAUGGCGGCGACUUCAGCGACGACGAGAACCAGAUGAACGAGUACUCCAAUUCGCGGGAGGCGCGUUUCUCCGGCGACUCCACGGCCAACGGCGGCUUCGACGGCUUCGACCGCAACUCCACGCCCGUGCAUGCCGCCCGCAAUCGACCCCACUCGGCCUCCUUCCGCUCGGACGCCUCCUCGGCGGACAAGCUGGCCAUCAGCUACCGACUGGGCUCCGUCAGCCAGGACACCCAGAUCUGCCUGUGGGACAUCACGGAGGACGUGCUGCGUCAUCCGCUGGCGCUGCGGCAGCGGGCGAACAGCGAGCGGGGCUACCUCAACGGCGGCCUCGACGAAGAAGCGGAGGCCGAGGACGAGAUCAAGGUGAUCCGACCAGUGGCCAUGUCAGGUCAGCCGGCUGGCCAGAAGGCGGAACCGGGCAGCGGCAGUCCCGCUCGCGAAACGGCUGGAGGUGGCGGUCCAGGCAACGGUGCCGGCGAGCACAGCAAUAGCAGCUCCAGCAAGUUCUCCACCGCCAACUGCACGAUAUCCUCGCAAUCCUCGCCCGACGACUGCGACACCGAGGCCGCCACUCCCGCCUCCACGUCCUCGAAUGCGGGCGCCGGAGCGGGAGUGGCUGGAACGGGAACGGUGGCGGGAGCGACGACCUCCACGAAGCAUAACAGCCGCAACCACGGCACGGGCAACUCGAUCAAGUUCCCCAACUGCAUCAGCGCCACCAAGUCGGACAGCAUCGAUGGUGGGGGCGGAAACGGAAACGGAAGUGGCAGUGGAAGUGGGAGUGGCCAGCGAACGACGCAGUCCACCUCGGGCUACAACAGCAAGACUUCCAACAGCUCGAACAAGUCGUCCAACUCGGGCAGCGGCUUCAGCGCCUUCAACAGCCUCACGCAGCGGCUCUCGAACUUCAGCUUCCUGAGCAGCUCGGACAAGAAGGCCGCCGCCGCCGCCGCCGCCGGCUACGAGGGCAGCCACUCGACGGCGCACCGCCAGCACCGCAAGGCGAUGAGCAUGCUGAAGAGCUACAACCAGCACAACCACAGUGGCGGGCACAACAACCACAACCACAGCCAUGGCAACCACAGCCAGAGCAACCACAGCAGCUCCUCCAACUUUGGCCACUCCAGCACGCUGGACUCGGGGGCGGCCGGGGCCAUCGGGAGCAGCUCGACGGCGCACAGCUUUGGAUCGCUGAAGCUGGGCCGGUCGUCGCACCACUCCUCGCUGGCCACGGCCGCCCUAGCGUCGGGAUCCGGAGCGGGAGCGGGUUCUGGCUCCGGCGUAAGCAGCUUCGACCCCAUGCAACUCAUCGGAACGCCCGCCUGCCCGCGCUUCGACGAGUGCCCGCUGCUGGAGCCGCUGGUCUGCAAGAAGAUCGCCCACGAGCGGCUGACGGCGCUGAUCUUUCGCGAGGACUGCUUCCUGACGGCGUGCCAGGACGGAUUUAUCUACACUUGGGCGAGGCCUGGUCAUGCCACGCACGCCCCUCAGCAUCUGUCUCCUGGCCAGACAGCGGCGCCCGGCGGGACGGUAAUUUAGUUCAAUAAAGUGGACUUGGUAAACUAUCAGCGUAAUCUUGUCAAGCAGCAGGUGCAGCAGGAGCAGGAGCAGCGGGAGCAGGAGCAGCAGAAGCAGAAGCAGUCGGUGAUCUAGGUUAAAGCUAGGCGAUUGAUUUCGAUAAUUUAUUGAUAGGGGCAAGAGUUUUAAAGGUUUUUUAUGUUGCGUAUUUUGUAUUCCAAAUGUAGCCUAAAUGAGUUUAUGAACCACACACAGACACACACACACACACACACCGUACACCCGUAAUAUAUAUAUAUAUAUAUAUAUAUACGAUAUAUAGCUAUGUACAACAUAACUACGAUCUAUACGCAGCAUCAGGCAACAGAACAAACGUAUAUGUUUAAUCUAAAUUAUUAGUUGUAAAUGUAUUAUUUUUUUAGUACGUGGAAUUUGUUGAAAACAAAGCAAAGCAUGUUUAUAACUAUUUACUAAGUGCUAGCCUACACUACACGCGAUAAAUAAAGCAAGAGAACGAAGAAGCGAA